CAUUGACGUUGCCAUAACAGCACAAAACAAAGCAGGUGUUGCGCCUUGGUGCUCACGAAUAUAUGGGCGGUUGUAUGUAAAUGACAAAGACACAACAAUGACGAUGGGAGACACAGCGAUUAUGGACAUCAUCAGGUUGGCCCAGAACGGACAGAACCUGUACACACAAGGCAAUGCCAGAGGCGCCCUGGAGGAAUUCAAGAAAGCGCAUGAACUUGCCGUGCAGACAGACUCCAUCUCGGUCAAAGAGACAUGCAUCUACAAUCUGGCCACUGCCUACGCUGCAAACAGAAAUGGAAAAAGAGCGCUUGAGUAUUUACAGAAAUUAAGUAAGGGCUAUCUUGACACUUUAAAUGAAGGUGAACUGUCUUUUAUUCACGGAUUGGCUGAACACCAUACUGGAAAACAGUCCAAAACCGUUUUCUUCUACAAGAAAGCUUUGGAUCAGUUAAACUUGUUGCAAAGUAAUAUGAAUGUGUCAUUAAAGAAGUACAUUCUGGAACAGUUGUGCGACUUUGAGAAGGACAACCUCGAAGCGUUAAUAGACUACAAGCAGCAGUUGUCGAGCGUGUACGCGUAUCUGAAGUCCCCCCUGAAGCAGCUGCAGAUGCUGUGUGAUAUUGCCUAUCUUCUGUUUGAAGUCAGCAACACCGAUGAGGCAUACACUGCUGCUGACGAGUGCCUCAUGGUGGUCCAACAGUUUGGCAGGAGGACAGUUACGUACAAGGGAGGAUACGACCGUGAAAUAAGGGAGACAACUAAGAAGGUUCUGGAAUUAGCUGACUCAGCACAAACUUCACAAUACCUGGUGCCCAUCCUGAAUGAGAUUGGCCUGUUGUUCACCCAGCUGAGAGAGAUGGAUAGAGCGCUUGACUGCUUCAAACAGGCUUGGCACAUGCUGCCCUACGCUGACAACAAUGUCCGGAGGAACGAGGCUGUCCUCCUCCAGAACAUUGGUGCUGUGCACAACUUCAAGUCUGUGGACAACAGACAAGCAGCACUGACAGCUUUAAAGUUCCAUGAAGAAGCUAUUGACAAAUAUGGCAGACAGAAGAGUUACAAGGCUCAAGGCCAUUGUCAUGUAAACAAGGCAUAUGCUGCCAGUAUAAACAAGGACAUCAGUGGGGCCCAAGAGGCAUAUCUGCUGGCUCUCACCACUGCCAAAGCUGAAGGUGAUAUCCGGACACAGUGGCAAUCUCUGGAAGGUCUCGGAGCAGUUGCCUGCCACUACAGGGAUGUGGGAAAGGCUCAGAAAUGCUACAAGGAAGCUCUUGAGCUGGUUCACAAAGACGACAAAGAUAUUUCCCAAACCAGUGCCUGUGAACGGAUCUUGGAGAAGCUGCUCACACUCAAGAGAGGAGGAUCGACACUGCAAGGAGGUCUUGCUACAGGAAGCGGACUUGGCACAUCGACCUUGAUAAACACUCUUCGUGGAUCAAGGUCAAUAGAGUGGGAAGAAUUUUCCGGGAAUCUUACGAAAAGGGAAAAAAGAGAGCUACAAGUCAGAAGGUCUGGCUCGCUGAGACAGUUUCCCAAAGUUGCCUAUGGUCUGGCUGCUGGUACACCUGAUCUCACACUUGGAAGCAGGGAUGAUUCUGAUGACUCUUCGACAUCGACAUCGUCUUCAUCAUCGACAUCGUCAUCCUCCUCCUCAGCUGUAGGCUCGGUUCCAAUGUCACGCUACCCAUACUCAAAAGUUGCUCGGCCAAAACAAGCUGAUGUUGAAAAGAAGGUCAUCAUACGAAGAAUGAGCAGUAAGCGACCAACCUCCCGAGGAUCUUCUGACGCUGCACGACGUAGCAGCGAUCGUGGUCUACGCACAACUCUGCUGGAUGUGGGAUUGUCAACAGAAGAGGAGCAGGAACAAGCUGCUGUACGGAAAGCUAUGAGGCAACUGAGUAGGAAUGAUUUUGAUGGUGCAGAUUCACUUGAUGAAACAAAGACGCCUAGAACACCCAGGGCACCUCAAGUAAAUGGACAUCGCCACGCUGACAAAAAAGAGGAUGAAAGUGAUGAGGAAGACGAUGGCGAGAAGGAGAAGAAAGAACAAAAUAAACGUCCCUCCUCCAGUGGCCUGGAACAUACACCCAAAACAGCCAUGAAGAGAGAGGAAUUCAGUUUGUCACACACCAAGAGUCUGAGGUUUAAGACACCACCUGUGGACAGUUCAGAUGAUGAUGAUGAUGACCAACGAAAAGUCAACCACAGAGAACAGGUCAAGGCCGAUGUCCACCAUGAGAAGUAUCCACACAGCGAUGAAGGCCAAGAGUCGGACUCUGUGGAGUCGGAUUCUGUGGAGUCAGAGGACACAGACACAUAUUCUGAUGGGGAUCUCAGCCACGAGGAGACAGAAAUAGGGAACAUACCUCCACCUGUUCCCACUCAGUCCCCACCAGUCAGCCCUAACAACACAUAUGAGACACCAGUGGGUCCGGCCAUGCAGGAGAAUUCAUUGUACCAGGAUGACAGACUUCGGGAGUCAACAGGGCACUAUGCUGAAAUUGACUUUGAAAAUUCUGCCCCUGAAUUUCGACAAGGUGAGAUGACCAACACUGUUGCUGAAUUCCAGAAUAAAAUGCGCCGAGGACCUAACUUCUUCUACAGUUCAGAUGAAAUUGAGGCUGAGAAAGCUGUGUUUGAACCCAGGAAAACAAACGUUCCUGCAUCUGAGAGGCCUGGAGGGGAGACAAGUCGAAGCGAUGCUACAGUGUAUGAGACCAUCAGACCCCCUGACUCCGACCGGAAUGGGCAAGUGAACAAUGCAGCCCCAUCAGACACACAGGAAGGUGGUGGAGCAGCUCCUUCAGAAAGAUAUUCCGGAGAUGAGAGUGAGGAGGAUGCAGACCGUGGACUGUCUAGAGCAGAAAGAGAGCAGCAGAUGCUGAAGUACCACCAUCAGUUCAGGCAGGAUGAAGGGGAGCCACACGGGGAGCCACACGGGGAGCCUCCGGUGGAGCCGGAACAGGAACAGGAACAGGAAAACGAAGAGACACAGAAAAAGAGAUCCAAAAUGUGUGUCAUCUCGUGAUGCGGAUGUCCAAGUGUUCACCGUGAUGCUGAUAGUGCUGCAAAAUAUCACCUGCCUAGAGAAUAUGGAUAGAGGACCUGUGAUAAUAUAUGAUGAGAUCAUUUUUGAUAUGAAGAAAAUGUGAUAUUAUGCUUUAUAAAGGCUGUCGCCAUGAUAAUAUUAGAGUCUAUUUUAAUUUAUCAGUGUUAUGAUAUAUAUGACAUGACUAUAUAUAUAUAUAUGUGUGUGUGUGUAUCAUAUUCAAUGAUAGAGCAUGGGUAGCCUUGUGUUCUAAGCCACCACAAUUUGCGGUGCAGAGUUGCUUACCUUAGUUGCAAGGAUCUGCUGAUCUGUACUUCAACUUUGGUAAUUCUCAUAGUUUUGUGGAACUGAGCCAAACAGUGUUGUACAAAGUGAUCACAAUGACCACAGGUGUAUCAUGUGAUGUAUGCAGUGAUUGUGAACCUGAUUCCCAGUCAGAGCCAACAGAGGCUAAGUAUUGGUAAAAUAAUGUCAGCAGAACUCAUUGUUAUUACUUUAACUACACUGUAACUCUUCGCAUAUUCAAAGCAAAUGGAAUUGGUUUCUACAUUCAACACAUGACUGUUGUAUGGAGGGCUAUUUCAUAGACUUCCAAGUUGGAAGUUCCAACAUGAUGUGGCAUUUACCUUGUUCCACUCUGCUCACACAAGAUCUCGUGACUUUUUAAUUUUUUCUGUUAUCUAUGUUUUUUUUAUUAGUCUGGUUAGCUAGUGAAUGUUAGUUAAAGGGGCACUGAUCUAACGCAAUUCCCCGGACUGGUUGCUGCCUUUGUUAUUGUUUUUUCCCAGUGAGUACCCGGAUGAUACGCAACGCAACUGAGCGUGACCAGAGACUGG